AUGCCGAUCGAGCUGAUUCAAGCGGUCAUGCCUACGGUGAUCCGCGCGUUGCUGAAGAAUGCGCAAAGCACGGCAGCUCUGAAGUCGGCGGUCUUCCCAGCUGCGCACUUGGAGGCGGACCACGAACUGUGCACGACGAUGAAGCUUACAGGCCACUACUUUUUCCAGGAGGCGGCCCGCCUCCGCCAGCAGCGCCGCCAGGAGCCCAUCGAGGGCCGCGUCGUAGAGGAGCUUGCCGAGUUGGGAGUACCUCGCCCUCACUUGUGGUUGGCUUUGGCGGGCGCGCUGCUGCAUAUGGGAGACAAAGUGGGUGCGCAGACGGCCGUGAAGAUAAGCCAGUACAUGGACGGUAUCAGAGUGGACCAGGCGCUCACCAACGACACGCUCGCGAGCCAGGUGAAAUAUUGCAGGGCGAGCUACACGCACGAGAGGUCAGUGAUGAAGAUCUUCCUCGAAGCCAGCCAGACGGGGAUCCAGCCCGAGGUGCUGUCCCCGCUGGUCCCGUGCGGAGCGUCCAUCAAGAAGGGCACCCCGCCCAAGAGCCACCAGGAGCGCCUCGUGCAGCUGGCGUUCGACGGGGCACCCGGGUGGGACCCCAUCCCCGUCGCACAGUGGGGCUCCGGUGUGCCAGCGAGCGCCUCCGACCUUCUCGACGGUGGCAGCUGUUCGGAGCUCCAGGUCGGCAGCGUGACCACCGCAGAUGUGGGCACCCCGUCUGCACCGGAGCUCUGGUACCAGUUUCUGGGGCUCGGCCUGCGGUGCACGAUCCUGACGGAGAACAGCACCAUGACCACCGAGUUCAGCUUCGUAGACUCGGAGGAGAGCUGCUGCUGCACUUCGCGCCCUUGCCUCUUGCCUUUGUCGUGCCGCUCCUGGAGUAGUUACCAGAAUUUGUUAUUUCGCGGUUGGGCUCUGCUCGGAGUGCCGCCAAAGGCGGCCGGGAGGCCAGCCUUGGGAGGAGGCUGA